ACAAGGUCCAAGAGAGGAAUUAAUGGGGAAGGUUAUCGCAGAAUCAAUUUUAGAAUUUGUCAAAGAGGGACAAACGACUCAUUUACAACACAUCUACUUAAUCAUAUUUCAAGAUAAAAUGGUGCAGCCUAUGUUGAAAGCAGUGCGUUUUUCUUUAAAACCAGAUACAAUGGAUCAGUACACAUUGACAAAAGGCAAUUCAGCUUUUAGAGAGAAAAAUGUUCAAAAACAAGAUUUGCCUGUUCUUCCAGUUGUAGAUGUUGAGAACACUAACCAGUCGUCUGUAACAUUUAUAAUCUACUUUCAAUCCGGAAAUGAUUUAAGUGUGGCUAAGACAAUGUUGGAACAAGCAAUAUCAGAAAAGUAUCAGACAGAGAAACGACAUGACGGUGUCAUCGCAAACAUAACACAAAAUGAAGUCGACUAUUUAAAAGCAGUUGAAAAUAGACAUGCAGUUAUAAUGACAGUAGACAAGGUGAAAUGUGACAUUAUCAUAAAAGGUCUUGUUGACGAAGUAAUGAAUGCAAAGCAAGAUAUUUUUGAUGCCCUAAGAAAGUUUAGCCACACUCGACAUUGUCAAGCAGAAGCUGCAAUUAUCAAAGAACAAGUCCAGUGGUAUCUAAAGUUAAGUAUUAGCAGCAAAAAAAUAUUUUACAUGAUCCGAAAUAUCUAUCAAUUAAUGAACCACUAGUUUUUUUUUUAAUCUAGGUUACAUAUUUUUACAGUAACGUAAUGAAAGUUCAGGAAGCAUUAUUCCUUAAAAUAACUUGAGAAUAAACAUAUACUGGAUAAUCAUUUACUGAAUGUUCGUUAAAUCCAAUGACUUGUUCCGGAUGAAUGUUAAGCUUUUUGCACGUUGAAGAAUCAUUGAAACAACUUAGAUGGCCUGUUGUAAAGUUAAAGUUUUAAACUAUCCAAAAUUCGAACCUUUUUCUUUCCCCCGCCUUUCACCUCGGUCGACCUGCCUGGCAGUAUCUACUUAUUGUCUCAUAUAUAAUGUUCUCGUCCUUAAUAUUUAUGACAUAUUUGCCACUGGAUGUUAAACUAGCAGCAAUACAUCCAAUUGUCUUUAGUUGAAGAAUUCUUGAAAAACAUGUUUUCUUAAAUAUUGUAGGAUAUUGAUGAUAAAGGACUUCCUACUUUAGAAAAAUAUCCUGAUAUGAUAAACAUGUAUCUGGAAAACGCUUACAAAGGAGAUUCUGGACGGACAGAAGUGGAAUUCAAAGAUGAUCAGGGAGAGGAGUAUGUUAUAGUGCUAAUAGAAAUGACUGAAUAUUUAAAGAAUGACAGGUCUAAUAAAGUAGAUGUUUUGCGAAGAGAAAAGCUACAAGGAGAUGCUGGAUCUUUUAAACCGCCAUCAGAAUGGGAUGUUCUAGGAUCUGAUAACGUUAAAGUGGUAACAAUGAUGAAUACAUCGCAAGAAUUCAAAACUAUCGAGAAGAUGUUCUUGGACUCUGUAUUUGGUGGAAGAAAAGAGUGGGUCUCCCAAUUCAAAAAACAGUCUUUAAAAAUUACAAAGAUAGAGAGAAUUCAGAAUCUAAGUCUUUAUCAGAUGUAUACUGCAAAGAAAGGUUUAAUCGAAAAACAGAAUCCGUCUGGCACGGCAAAUGAACAGGAAUUAUGGUAUAGUGCAUUUGAUGACUCUGUUGUCAGCAUUAACCUUUAUGGGUUUAAUAGGAGUUACUGUGGAGAUCUAUACCAAAAAACUAAAUUAAAAAAGAAGAGUGAUAAAAAGUCAAAUGAUCCAAAAGACAACCCAUACGAAGAAAAUUGGGGAGAAGGAGUAUACUUCAGCAGUGAAGCAGGCUUUACAAUUCUAAAAGGGAUUGACACUGACGACAACUCUACAACUGAUCGUACAAUAUAUAUGUGUAAGGUGUUGACUGGUGUUCACAAACAAGGUAUAGCCGGAAUGCGAUACUUACCAAUGAGACAAGAUGGAACCAUGAUGAACUAUGAUUCGGCUACUGAUAAUUGCAAACCUCCCGUUCAGUUUGUUAUUUUUAAUGACACACAAGCAUAUCCACAGUACUGCAUCAGGUUUAGACUUUAGAAUUUUUACAAGCAGAGUUGCAUUAAUAUGCAAAAUUCAUUAUUGUAUAUAAUUGUAUAUUUAUCAGUACCAAAAUUGAUUUUGUUUUGAUAAAUUAAAACGUGACUAAUUUUGUUUUCAUAUACACUUAGUACUAUAUCAUAUCGAUACAAUGUGUUUAUAUCUUUACAUAGGACAAGAGCAUGUUUUUUUCUGUUUAUGAUGCCCUGAGCUAAAUCCAUUUGAUGAAUACGGAAUGAUAUAGUAGUCUAGAAAAAACAUGAUUAAUAUAUAAAUUGUUAUUGGCUUUGAAAUAGCUUUCAGUAAUUGUUAGUACUCUUAGAUCGGAAUUUUGUUCUUUUGCCUAUUUGUUAGUUGAUUUUGAUUUGUUUGUUUAUUGGUUUAUUUUUUUUGCCCUGUGCCGAUCUGAUGAGUUAAUCCCUUUCAACUGAUGUUUACAGUAUUUGCUUAUAUUAUGCUGCCAAACCACUGCCCUAGGUUUGGGAAAGGUUGAGCAUCCACAACCAUGUUUAACCUCGUCACCUCUCUUUAUUCGUUUUGUGUCUUUCUCAAGUCAUUAGUCGUUUUAAUUGUGGGUUGCUGUCUGUUAUAUUUGUUUUUCCGUUUAUUGUUUUAUCAUAAGGCAGGCUAUUGGUUAUUCUAGUUUGAAUUGUUCACAUUUUUUUAUGCCGCGGCCUUUUAUAGCUUACUAUAGAUUAUGGGUUUUGCUCAUUGCUGUAAGCAAUAUGGUGACAUAUUUACAUCCACGUCAGUGUAUCUCUGAUGGAUAGUUGUCUCAUUGGCAAUCAUACCACAUCUCCGUAUUUUUAUGUCUACAAAGUGAUAACAAGUUUCCUUAAUUAGAUUUUAAACAAAAAUUAACAGUAUAUCAAGCUUAUUCUACAACAUUAUCUUUUUUAUUUUAAGUUUGAAUUAGCUUAUUUGCAGAUUUUUGCUUUAAUGAAUGUCAGUGGUUCUUUUUCUUUGUCUUUGAAUAUUUUAAACCUUUACUGUUUAGUCCAUUUUUUGUAAUAUCCUUUUGGCUUGGCUCGGUAUUUAUACAUCCCGCCUUUGUGUUAUUGUGCUAUGGUCAUUUUGUUUUGUAGUCUUGUCUUUCAUUUUUGCUUAUAUGCUUUGUCUAUAUGCCAUUUUGUUUUUCUUUGUUGACUUAGUUGUUUGUUUUUAUAGUGAUUAAGAUUAUGACACAAUGUUGACUGCUGUACCCCAAAUUUUGACAUUUUUACCUAUUAUGUCUGUUUGUUUUGCUUUCACAUUGUUGUCAAUAUAAUGGAAUUCCAUGCGACUGUCAUACAAGUGAGAGAUUUCGCUAGUAUAAAAAAAAAGGUUUAAUCGAACAUUUUCUACAUAAGGAAAUGUACCAAGUCAGGAAUAUGAUAGUUGUUUUCCAUUCGUUUGGUGUGUUUGAGCUUUUAAUUUUGCCAUUUGAUAGGGGACUUUUCGUUUUUCAUUUUCCUUUGAAUUUGGUAUUUUUGUUAUUUUACUUUUUAUGAACGGCUUUUCGUUCUGAAAUUAACUAUAAAACAAUGUAAUACAUUCUAUAUAUAUAGGUUUGAAGUUUGUCAACUCUUGUAUAUUUUUUGGAAGCUGCAUCGAUGUAACUUUGUUGGCCACUUAUAAGCUAUGAAUCGAAGAGGUAUGGUCUACAAAAAUCAUUAUGCUUGUCAAAUUUCAAUGAUGCCUUAAUAUCUAAUAUUGCUUGGAAAUGUCCCAUUCAAUAAAAUAUGAAAUACUAGUACAGUCAAACCUAAUGUGAAGAUCACCUAUAUCAAGCAAAAACUUUUCUUUUCACGUGACCUUCUUUUCAAACUGCUGUAAUAAUAUCUAUGCAUUUGGAAAUUCAAUUUAAAGGUCACAUAUCUUACAGGGUUAGAUUUUCCUGGUCCCAAGGGUGACCUUUAUAUACAGUUUAAUGGUAUAUGUCCAAGGUGAUGUGUGUGAAUUCUCGACUGCCCACUAUCGAAGUGACUCUCUUCUCCUUAGAGUUAGUUAAAUUGUUGAGUCAGAUUUUGAUUAUCUCUCUUCUGAUGAAAGUAUACGUUUUUCGUGUUGGAAAUAGUUUUGAUACAAUCGGAACAAUCUUUACCUCACUUUUUUCAUCAUACUUCCUAUAACAUUUGAUUUCCAAGCAUGGUUUUAUACAUGCAAAUAAUUGUGUUCUCUAAAUAUAUGUUUGUAACUUUUUGGUUUAGACAACUGUAAUGCAUCAUUUUUUUAAUCUCUGAGUAUGAGGAGUGUAAUUUUUACACUAAAGCGUAGAACAUCAAUUAUUUUGUUUCCUGGUUUAUAAAUGAUAAAAAGCGACGUGGCUGUACGAUACAUUGAGCGCACACACUUAAAUCUUCCAUGUUCUAACUUUUUUGUGUUUCUUUCUAUUAACUUGUUUUGAAAUUAUAGAAUAUUAAGAAUAUAUUAAGAAAGGGUUUUACCUUGCCUUAAAUGCUCCCAAACAAACUAAAUUAAAAAAACUUUCUGUCAAAAACUCAAUUUCUCUCAGAUAUAAUAUUUGUGAUGUGUAGU